UUUUUUCCUCAUAAGUCAUAACCAUGUUCCCCAUUUACUUCUCAUCUCUCUCAUCUUCUUCCACUUUUCUAUUAUGGCUAUAUUCUACGAGACCCCUCAACUCUUUUUGUUGUUCUUCCAUUAUACGGAGACAAACCGUCAACAAUAAAGAUGCAAAAUUGUUUGCUCCGGCAACUUGCUUUCAGGAUCGGAUUAAAGAUGAAAAAUAUAAAUAUGAGUCUGGAGCCACUAGUUGGGGCUACUCUUCAUUUAUCUCGCUCAGUAAUCUUCACAAUAAAAGUGAAGGGUAUCUUGUUGACGACACGUGCCUGAUCGAAACUGAACUUUCUGUUGUGUCCGAUGCUUCUUCAGCUUGCAACAAUGAUGCUUAAUAUUCCUCUGUUGCUGAUUUUGAUCACGUGGAAUCUGUGUACGUCCAGGCUCAGUCUUUUCUUGUGUCACUACAAUCCCAGAAACCAUCCACCCCAUCAUCUAAAUCUCUAAGCUGUGAAAUGCCUUUGCUUAAACGGCAUGCAACUUCUCUAUUAGAAAUCCUUGACAUUCUGAUAGCAUACCCUUUGGAUGAGUUAGCUGAUCUCAGGAAUGAAACUGCAAUAGCGGAGUCCUUGUGCGUACUGAUUGGCAAUCAGUUUCUUCAUAGUGGCGUACAAUCCAAUGAAAUUGUAAACUUGAAAGCCUCUUUUCCACAAGUAGUGCAGGAAUGGAGAGACUGUGUUCAAGUUAAGGACGCUGAUGAGAAUCCUUGGUCUACUUUUGAGAAAACCAAAAGCUUGCUUCAAGAUUUAGUGGAAACGGAGGAGGGUAUAAAGACUGAAAUGGAGGAGCUAAACAAGAGAGAAAAAGAAUUGGAAGCUCAGCUUGAGGCAAUUCAAAGCAACCGCCGAAAGCUCAACGAGAAAAGAGAAGCACUGUCAAUGCAGACAGAGAUAGUGUGUCGUGUUGCUACGGUGCAGGCUCGGAAAGUGGAAGCAAAGGAGGUAGGGGUAGGCCGCCGGGGUAACAAUAAGGUGGAGCUGAGCUUGAAGUCGAAGUGGGCAGCAACUAGACAUCUUUUUGCUUGAGAAGUAUAUUGGCUAUUUCGUUUUUUUGUUACAAUAUUGGCUGUUCCAAAUUUUCAAUCAUCAGUUUUAACCUAGUACUAGUAUUGUUUGGUGUGGUCUUAAGAAGAGGGUUUAUUCACACAUCAGAAGAGUUCUGUAAACACCUUUCACUUGUCAGAUUCUAAGUGUUUUGGAUAGAUGUAGAGUGUCAUUUUAGAUUUUUAGUAGUUAAAUUUGUUGUCUCUAACAAAGUCACCUUGGCGGAAGAGUCAUGGUGUAUGCCUUGAAAUACAAUUCUG